UAUAAGUAGCACCUCUAUUCUACACCACCUUUCCCAUUCCAAAAUUCUCAAAUUCCAAUUUCCAAUUAGUAGCUCAAUUCUCUGCUUCUCCAUACCUUUUUGUCUCCAAAUUCUAUUAUAUCAUGGCUGUUCUCACUCUAACUGAUGAGUUCACUAGCCCCGUUGUGCCGAAAAGGGUGUUCAAGGCCUUGAUCCUUGAUGCUGACAACCUCAUGCCCAAGCUUAUGCCUCAGGCCAUUAAAAGUGUGGAAACACUUGAAGGCAAUGGAGGGCCUGGAACUAUCAAGAAGAUUACCUUCGCUGAAGGUUCUCACAUUAAGUACGUGAAGCAUAGGACUGAUGCACUGGAUGAAGAGAAAUUGACAUACAGUUACACUUUGAUAGAGGGUGAUGAUUUGUUGGACAAGAUUGAAUCAAUUUCUUAUGAAAUGAAGUUUGAGCCCACUCCUGGUGGGGGAUGCAAAGGAACAAAUGUGAGCAAGUACCAUCCUAAACCAGGAGUCCAGAUCAAUGAAGAGGAAGUCAAGGCAGGCAAGGAAAAGGCCAUGGCUAUUUACAAGGGUGUGGAAGCCUACCUCUUAGCCAAUCCCAAUGUGUAUGCUUAGAGUUUCCUUUAUGAGACGCCAUUUCUCAUCUAUCAUGCAUGAUGCUACUAAAAUGAAUCCCAAUUUGCCGAUUUUGGCAUAUUAAUAAUAAUAAUAAGAGUUUUUAUGUAUGAUAAAAUUGGCAUAAUAAUACAUCAAUCAGAAUCUUUUCUUUUC